ACCUGUCGUGGGCUUUUCGAGCGACAUAAGCUACUAUUUUCAAUUCAUAUGACAGCAAAGAUUCUUUCAAAUGCUGGAAAGCUUUUGGAAGAAGAGUAUGAUUUUAUUCUGAAAGGAGGUAUAGUAUUAGAUAAGCUGGGACAAGCCCCCAACCCGGCACCAUGGUGGAUAAGUGAGCAAAACUGGGAUAAUAUAACAGAAUUAGAUAAAGUUUCUGGAUUUCAUGAGAUAAUAGAUUCUUUUGAGCAACAUUACAAGGCUUGGAAUGGUUGGUAUGCCACGACCUUUCCAGAACAAGAAGAUCUCGUUGGUGAAUGGAAUGAUAAACUUACAGAUUUUCAAAAAAUAUGUGUUUUACGUUCACUACGACCGGAUAGAAUUUCAUUUUGUUUGACACAAUUUAUCAUCACCAAACUUGGGCCGCGAUAUGUUGAUCCGCCAGUUCUUGAUCUCAAGGCAACUUUCGAUGAAUAG